AUGACAGCUGCUACAUCCCCCAUUUUAUUAAAAUGGGAUCCAAAGAGUUUAGAAAUACGCACCCUGACAGUGGAGCGGCUGCUGGAGCCCCUGGUCACACAGGUGACAACUUUGGUGAACACAAGCAACAAAGGACCCUCCAGUAAGAAGAAAGGACGCUCUAAAAAGGCCCAUGUGCUGGCUGUGUCUGUGGAGCAGGCCACACAGAACUUUUUGGAGAAGGGGGAGCAGAUUGCCAAAGACAGCCAGGAUCUGAAAGAGGAGCUCAUUGCGGCCGUGGAGGAUGUCCGGAAACAAGGUGAGACCAUGAGGAUGGCUUCGUCUGAGUUUGCUGAUGAUCCAUGCUCCUCUGUGAAACGAGGCACUAUGGUGCGAGCUGCUCGAGCUCUGCUGUCUGCGGUCACACGCCUUCUCAUCCUCGCCGACAUGGCUGACGUCAUGAGACUCCUGACGCAUCUCAAAAUUGUGGAGGAGGCUUUAGAAGGAGUAAAGAAUGCCACCAAUGAGCAGGAUCUGGCAAAUCGCUUCAAGGAAUUUGGAAAAGAGAUGGUGAAGCUUAAUUAUGUAGCAGCAAGGAGACAACAGGAACUCAAAGAUCCUCAGUGUCGAGAUGAGAUGGCUGCUGCCCGUGGGGCCCUGAAGAAGAAUGCCACUAUGCUGUACACAGCUUCGCAGGCCUUUCUCCGCCAUCCAGAUGUGGCGGCCACACGUGCAAACCGGGACUACGUGUUCAAGCAGGUGCAAGAGGCCAUCGGGGGUAUCUCCAGUGCAGCCCAGGCGAACUCUUCCUCAGAGGAGAAACACGGCCAUGUAGGCAUUGGGGAACUAGCCGCUGCUCUCAAUGAGUUUGAUAACAAGAUCAUCUUGGACCCUCUGACAUUCAGCGAGGCACGUUUCCGCCCGUCUCUGGAGGAGCGUCUAGAAAGCAUUAUCAGUGGAGCUGCUUUGAUGGCGGACUCCUCCUGCACUCGUGACGACCGCCGAGAACGCAUUGUGGCAGAAUGCAACGCUGUUCGGCAGGCCCUUCAAGACCUGCUGAGUGAAUACAUGAACAAUCUGCUGUGCUACCUCAACCAGCUGUCCACUCACAGUGGCCUACACUGCGGCAGACGCUCUAUGCCUGCUGUGUGUAGUAUCCGCUCGGCUCCACUUGGAAACUCUCUGUCCUGGCAACAACUGUCUUUCUGA